AGAGUCGUGGCUGGCUGGCUGGCUUGGCUUGGCUGGCUUGGCUGGCUGGCUGGCUGGCUGGCGGGCGCUGUUGCCGUCUCUCCGCGUCGUCCGCGCUCGGUCGCGCUCGGCGAGUGUGUGCCGCCGCUUGCGCCUUUCAGUCGCGACGCGCUCGUCACGGGGUGCAGCUCGUCGUCGUGUACGCCGUGUCUCGUCGCCGUCGCUCUCGUGCGCCACGCUUUUUUCCGCCCCCCCGUUCUUAAGCAGUUUUCUUUUCACGCGGUCGACCGCGAUUCUUCUCGCGGUGUGCUCGCGCGCAUACACGAAACAAAAACGCAUACGCACGCACGCACGUUACAAGCAAGCACGUUAUUUACGCGCGCACUUUCGAUUUAAAGAAAAAUAAAAAAAACGCGUCGUCGUCGUCAUCGUCGUCGUCAUCGUCGUCGUCGUCGUCGUCGUUGUUGUUAUUAAUUUUGCGUUAAGCCUGCAUAUAAGAUCUAUAAGCGCGAACGUAUUAACGCGCGGAAUAUUAUCACGCCGGUACGAAACCGCGUGUUCGCAAAUCUCGCGCCUUUUUCUCUUGACCGUCUCCCUCACACGAAUCACCUCCCCCCCACCCACCCACCCAUCCUAACUCCUGUCUCAUCUCCGAAACAUAGUUCUCGCGCUAUUCAAUUCUCGCCGGUGGUGCGUGUUCUCUUUGUGGUGGGUGUUGAUUUGGUGAAUGAACGAGAGAAAGAGAGAGAUAUGAAAAUAGAUCGAUGAGAGAGAAUGAACCCGAGAAAACGUAUAUGAGAAUUUUGAAGGACAAGGACAAGAGAGUUGUUUAGGCUACGUGUUAUAGGCUAAAUCAGAGAACUGUGUUGAGAUACGAUUUGUCGAGUGUGGAAAGAAGGGUGGGGGGGGGGUUGUCAAACGAAGACAAAACGAUGUUCGGGCAAGAUUUGUCUCUGGGGGACCAAGAUUACAGAGUCCUCCGUUGAAGUGAGUGAGAGAGAGAGAAAGAGGGAGGGAGAGGGAGAGAUUGAAAGAGAAAGAGACAGAGGGAUAGAGUGAUAGAGAGAAAGAGAGAGAGAGAGAGAGAGAGAGAGAGAGAGAGAGAGAGAGAUAGAGAGGCACGCGUGUCCGACACGAGGCCGUCCGUUGUUGGCCGGCACGAGACGCGCGAAUAACCGGGCAGCGCGCGCGCGCGCGCGUCUCACCCCUCAAUAGAGAUAGUCGAAUCCUCGUCAUCGUCGUCAUCGUUGCUUCUCCGUAUACGGUGGUACGUGUUGCAGAUGCGGGCUCGCUGAUCGUGACGGCUUUGUUAGGAUUUUUGGAGGACGUUGGAAACGAGGGGAAGAAGAAGAGGAGAGAAGACGAAGAAGAAGAGGAGGAGGAGGAGAAGUGGAGGGGAAGAAGGAGGUGGAGGAGGAAGAAGAAGAGGAGGAAGAAGAAGAGGAGAAGGAGGAGGAGGAGGACAAGGUGAAGAGGAAGAAGAAGAAGAGGAGGAGGAAGGAAGGAAGGAGGAAAGAACGUGGAAUCGAAAUAUCAUUAUUUAGUCGAAAAUGACGCAGCAAAGUGGUGCUGGGUCACCCCAGCAAUUCUGUCUAAGAUGGAACAAUUAUCAGACGAAUUUAACGAACGUGUUCGAUCAGCUGUUGCAGAGCGAAAGUUUCGUCGACGUAACACUCGCCUGUGACGGGCAUAGCGUGAAAGCGCACAAGAUGGUACUUUCGGCAUGUAGCCCGUAUUUCCAGGCAUUAUUCUUUGAUAAUCCGUGCCAGCAUCCAAUUGUCAUAAUGAAGGACAUAAAGUGGCCAGAGUUGAAGGCGGCCGUAGAAUUUAUGUACAAGGGCGAGAUCAACGUGUCACAGGAACAGAUCGGUCCAUUGUUGAAGGUUGCCGAAAGUUUAAAAAUACGUGGCCUUGCGGAUGUAAACAGCGAACAAGAAUUAACGUCAAGGCCAAGCCUCGUAGAGGAGGCUACGAAUGCGGCCGCACUUCAUAGGAAAAAACGACGUCGAAUAUCUGGCGAAAGAUCGCCGAACGGCAAUAGUCCCGAUCAUACGGGCUCGGCCGGUAGCACAACAGGCGGAACGGGUAGUAUGAUCGAUGAUCAAGAGCCAAGCGGUCCAACAAGCAUGGUCAUUCCCGAAGUUCACGCUCUUAUACCGAACAGCUCGACCCCGCGUUCUCUCGGCUCGCCAAGUACGCCGAGCGUUUCUGUGACGCCGCAAAUCAACCUUCAAGAAUUACCGGUCUCCUUGCCUCUACCACCACCCCCACCGCCGCCGCCGCAAGGACAGCCGAGCUCGCACCCCAUGCCCGCUCACCACGUGCCCGGCCACGUGACUUCCGGACCGCACCCGUCCGUCAACCACCUAGCCGCCACCCACGGGCAACAGCUAGUCGCUCAACAGCAACAGCAGCAGCAUUUGCAGCAGGUACAGGUCAAUCAGCCUGGCGACGACCUCGAGAUCAAGCCUGGCAUCGCAGAGAUGAUUCGCGAGGAGGAAAGGGCCAAGUUGUUGGAAUCGUCCCACGCUUGGCUCGGUGCCUCCACCUCCAGUAUAGCAGACAGCUACCAGUAUCAGCUGCAGUCGAUGUGGCAGAAAUGUUGGAAUACCAAUCAGAGCCUAGUCCACAAUCUACGCUUCCGUGAACGUGGCCCAUUGAAAUCUUGGAGACCGGAGACAAUGGCGGAAGCGAUCUUCAGUGUCCUCAAAGAAGGACUUUCAUUGAGUCAAGCAGCGAGAAAAUACGACAUCCCUUAUCCGACAUUCGUCCUCUAUGCGAACAGAGUUCACAACAUGCUAGGUCCUAGCGCUGAUGGUGGGGCCGAUUUGCGGCCGAAAGGAAGAGGACGACCACAAAGGAUUUUACUCGGCGUUUGGCCAGACGAACACAUUCGUGGUGUCAUUCGGGCAGUUGUCUUCAGAGACGGUCAUUCUCCACAUAUUGUUAAAGAAGAACCGGCAUCGAUGUAUCCGACUUUAGCAAAUUAUGCGGCUUGCAAUGGACCAGAAGGAGCGGUCAGUCCUGGUGCUGCUGCCGCUGCGGCGGUGGCUGCUGUUGCUCAAGGUCUAAGGCAUCAAAUGUGUAGUAUGGUAGCAGCGGCACACUCGCAGCACGACAUGAUGGCGACGAACCUAUCGACAAGCCUAUCGACGAGUCUCACGUCGAAUCUCCAAGCUGCGAUGCAAGCGAGUCAGCAUCACAACAAUAAUGUGAGCGGUAUCGGUAGUAACAAUGGAGCCGGAAUGAUCGGUUGUGGUGGUGGUAACAAUACCGGUAAUUCACCAUUGAAUCUCGGCCUGGCGAGUCCAGGCUCCGGUGGACCACCCGAAAGUCCAAUGGAAAGUCCAUUGGCGAGUCCUUUGGGCCCAUUGAUGGAUCCUGGACAUAUACCGGGUAGCGUGGAAGUUGGUAUCGGUGUCAGUGGUAUGACCUAUAAGCCUGCACGGAGCUUCGUCAGUCCACGACCGGAGAAUCUUUUUCAAGAGGACAUAGCCGACCUUGUCAAGAGUCCGCAUAGUCUGAAGGACAAGGACAAGAUCCCAGUGAAAUUGGAACCCCUUACCGACUCCCGUUGCGAAUAGUAAGCGACGAUUUACGCGACUCUCCGAGAGCGAGUAAGCAAGCAAGUAAAGCGAGUGCAAAAAAGAGAGAGAGAGAGAGAGAGAGAGAGAGAAAUAGAGAUGAGGAAAUGAAAGAGAGUGAGUGAAGGAAAAGAAGAGGAAAAAGAGAGCGAGAGAAAAAGAGUAAACUUUUCUGUCCGUCGAGACGCGAAAGAUAGAUAGAUAGAGAGAAAGAAAGAAA